GCUUAACAGUUUAUACUUUCGCCGAUGAAGCACGGAAAGUCACGAUGUGUCAAAAUGAACACAUGCCUACUUAACUAAAAUAAUUGUUAAAAUUGUCAAAGAAAAGGUGAUUAAAAAUGGCUACAGUAAUUCAUCAACAAUUUCAAAUGGUUGUAAAUCAAAUAUUUAAUAAUUGGACUGCUUUACAAUUAGCGAUAGACCAUGGAAUGGGCGGACCAUUAAGUAGACAGAUAGCAAACGAUCUUGAGACUUAUCUGGUAGAUGUUUGCUGUAAGGAAAAUAAUAUCACAGAAGAAUUAAUUGAAGAUAUUUUAUUAGAGACUUUGGAGGAAGAUUUUCACACAGAAUGUGAAGAUAACAGUCCUAAAGAAAUUUCAAGAAUUCUUUAUAGGUUUAUUUGUUUGUUGAAAGAAGGCAAAAUCAAUGAAUAUGAAACAGAAUUUAAUAAGUUACCUACUCGAAGCGGUGUUAGCAUAACAUCUCCCUCACAAUCUCAAAAUGCACACUCAUCUAGGGUCCAGGAAGGUGAUAUGGAAGUUGAAGAGUCUCCAAUGGAAGAACCAGAAGAAGACGGAUGGACGACUAUUAAAGGAAAACGAAAAAGAUAGUUGUUAAUAUUAUUUUAAAUAUAAAUUCUAUU